AUGGCUCGUCGCAGCUUUGCCUCCUUCGCUCUCCUCGCCACGGUUGCCGUCCUGGCACUGCGAUGGAGUGCUGUUGCGUUCCUUCCUGCCAACAAGCCCAAUCUUAGGGCUGGUGCCAUGGCGUCGGCAGGUGCGAUCGCGGCAAGUGGAGCGCUUCCGGCACUCGCCGAGGAGGAGGGCGGCUUGCUGAAUUUUGGCAAGAUCGAGCUUGGGGGCGGCUUCGGCCUCAACCUCAACAUCCCGGAGAUCAACCUGAUCAAUAUCUCAAUCCUUGUCGCUGGGCUCUUUUACUUCCUCGGCCCUGUCCUGGGAGAGUCCAUGGCCUCCCGCGAGAAGGAGAUCCAGUCCGACAUCGAUGAUGCGGUCGCCAAGUACAACGAGGCCACUGCACGCCUGGCGGAGGCGAAGAAGGCGAAGGAACAGGCUGACCAGGUUGUGAAGGAGAUCAACGACAGCAUCUCCAAGGACAUCGCCGAGUUCCAAGCCACGCUGCAGGCGCAGGCCCAGAAGACCAUGGACACCCAGGACAAGGCCCAAGAGUCGAACCUGAAGGAUAUGGAGGCCCGAUCCUCUUCCAACCUCGACAAGUACAUCGAUGCUCAGGCCGUCAGGCGUGGCCUCAAGGACCUGCAGAGCCUGAAGACUGCUGACAAGCAGAAGUUCAUGGAUGCGGCGAUCAACUCCCUGUAA